CACCCCUAAGAGCAGGGUUGCAAGCGUACAAUUUGCGCAAACGCACGCCAGGGCUGAACGGCAGUGUAGUGUGGUGCUGAUGUGGUGAUGCUCGCUGUAUGCCGCAUGUCUUGCGUCGCAUAGCGCACACAGACGGAAGAGGGCUCGUGCCAUCCGGAUUUACCUGUAUACAUUAUUUGGCAUUGCGUAAAAGCGGCGAAUCCGAGGAAGUUGGGUUCGGCACACGCAAAACCUUAAGGGUCCCGAGCACCACCGCGCAUUUCCAGUAGCCUCCUUCAAAUAACUUUAAGUAAUCAUGGGCAAGCAGAACAGCAAACUGACACCUGAGGUGAUGGAGGACCUGGUGAAGAACACAGAGUUCAAUGAACAUGAGCUGAAGCAGUGGUACAAGGGCUUUCUGAAAGACUGUCCCAGCGGUCGACUAAACCUGGAUGAGUUUCAGCAGCUGUAUGUUAAGUUCUUCCCGUAUGGCGACGCAUCCAAGUUUGCGCAGCACGCCUUCAGGACCUUCGAUAAGAACAGUGACGGCACCAUCGAUUUCAGAGAGUUCAUCUGUGCCCUGUCCAUCACAUCUCGAGGGAGCUUUGAGCAGAAGCUCAACUGGGCCUUCAACAUGUAUGACCUGGAUGGUGAUGGCAAGAUCACCCGAGUAGAGAUGCUGGAGAUCAUAGAGGCUAUUUAUAAGAUGGUGGGCACCGUGAUAAUGAUGAAGAUGAACGAAGACGGCCUGACACCCGAGCAGAGAGUGGAUCGGAUCUUCAGCAAGAUGGAUAAAAACAACGACGAUCAGAUCACACUAGACGAGUUUAAAGAAGCCGCCAAAAGCGACCCGUCCAUCGUACUGCUGUUGCAGUGCGACAUGCAGAAGUGAAGCUGCAUGCGCACGCUAGCAUGCUACGGACUGAAUACGUUAUCUGUUUCCACUCUCAUUUCCACAAUGUUUGGACUACUUUUAUGAACUUCCCGUGAUUGACAAGCUAGUAUGCAUGAGAAUGCUAAAUGCUACGAGUUUAGAGUACUAUACGUUUAAUUUACCAACACGCAACAACGUGAGAUGUGUAAAUCAAUCGAGUCCGGUCGUUUCAUCAUUAGUGAAGUGCUCCGCCGUAUUUCAUUUCUAACUGCAAUAUUUCACGUGCACACGCAGCAGUAUUUCACGCAGUAGUUUGGGUACUCGAAUCAAAGCGUCACUUUAAAUGUUGCGAUGAAAUCAGUCUGUCGAAGUUCAAUACUUAAAAUUACGGAGGGCGGAGAGGUUUGUGCGGCCCUCCUACCAAAUGUGCUUGUACUUGAAAAUAUAAAUGUGAGUUAUUUGCAUGCAUGUUCUAAGUGUAAAAACCUACUCUCUCUCUCUCUCUCUCUCUCUCUCUCUCUCUUCAUUUUGGCCACCUUGACGUAUAAUACAAGGAAGGCCUUAUAUAAAUGAUAGUAUCAAUAACAAUACUAAUGUGUGAGAUUUACAUUUGUUAUUCAUCUGUCCAUUCGAUGUCCUCCCUCGGAUGCACGUUUCCUCUUUAAGACUUACAAUGAAUGUUGUAAAAGCUUCUCUUAGGCAUUAUUUUAAAUCGUUUUCAUCUGCCAUUAGCUUUUCCUCACACGAGGACCUGACAACCACUUAUACUUGAUUUUGAUCGCUGCUCUACAAUAGCUGACAUGAAGAUUAUUUUCGAUUGUCUUCUUACAUUAACACAUCAUCACAUGCAUGAAUGGUUGCUUGUGAAUUUCUUAUUAGUAAUAAUACAUAAAGGGCAAUAUAACAUUUAAAGGAGGGCAUUUAAUAAUAGUUUUUUGUUUACCCUUGUAAUACAUCGAACCCUAACCAACGUGUUUGGUACAUGUUAACCCUCGGUGUGCUGCGUUUUUAUUAAGCCGUUUUGUAAAUUGAUAUUUCUACUCAACAUUUCACGAUUUUUACUGCAAGAGCUCAACCAAGAACUCUUGAAUAGUUUUGCAUUUCCUGCAUCGACUAAACAUAGCAGUACCCGCUUUAUUUUAUUCCCAGUAUACUGCAUCAUCCAUAUUUUCUGUUUACCAAGCAUCUUAAAAAUACAAUGUCCCAGAUCUCGCACGAAAACCAUUUAUAUCCUGUGAAAUACAGGCUGCUUUAAAUCCCUCUGGUGUCCGAACGGCUCAUCCACGAUAUAUGGUGUAUAUCUCUGCCCUGUACAUAUUUGUACCUAAUACGGUGAAUCAAAAUUUAAGCAGUCAUUUAUUUGUGUAAUGAGGUUUGUGUUUUAUAUGUGGCAUGUUUUAACUCCAUAUGUACUGAAAACAUUGUGAUUAAAAUCAAUAAACUAUCUAUGGGGUUGUUCUCAGA